AUGGCAGAAGUGAUGACGGAGGAAUGGAGAGAGGAAAUCUCCCCGAGUCAAAUCAACCUCUUCUACUCCGGUAAGGUGGCUGAGGGUGUUUUGAUUGAGCGUCAUCGGGAUCAUGGAGAAGGACAAAUAGACUCCAUAACCACUUUGGAGACUUCGACUUCCACUCCCUCGGUCUCCACGGCUAGCAUGGAAGGUAGCAACCAACCGAAUCUUAAACUCUCUACCAACGUAAUGAAAGAUUGUUGCUGGGAUGUUCAGACGGAGGAGAGGGAUGACGAGGAGGAGGAAGAGGAGGAGGAGAAGGAGAAGGAGGAGGAUGAGGAGGAGGAGGAGAAGAAUGACGAGGAGGAGGAGAGGGAUGACGAGGAGGAGAAAGAGGAGGAGGAGGAGGAGAAGGAGGAGGAGGAGGAGGAGGAGAGGGAUGACGAGGAGGAGGAGAAGGAGGAGAAGGAGAAGGAGGAGGAUGAGGAGGAGGAGAAGAAGAAUGACGAGGAGGAGGAGAAGGAGGAGGAGAGG